UGUCAAUGGCAACGUGUACAAGCAGCUGGAGUGGCGCUUCCGCAUAUGUGGUCAGUUUUCGGGCGAUCGCUUCGAAGUUCGAGCAAAGUAUUGCAUAUUUUACGUUUUUUUAUUCACUUAAUAUUUUUUAUUCAAUGAAUUUAUGACAUCUUUGCAAUAUUGACCAGGCCUGGAAGAAGCAAGGUUCAUCAAGAGACACACACGUGCACGGUACCGGGCAGGAUAAGGAGCCAUGGGGCGGCUGCCACACGGCCAGAAGACGGCACACGUCGAUGCCAGCAAUGGGCCUGACGCAGACAUCAUGAAGUUCUUCUCGACUUCUUACUCCUCGUCAUACGGCAAAGAUGGUUACAGUCCUAGAACGGGGAAGCACGUUGGGACAGGGUACCAGUCCAACUUUCGUCCAGGAGUGUACUACAGCCAGCGGAUUGAUGUUCUGGACAACCCAGCUAUGGAGAAACUUCUACGCAAGAAUUACACCUCCAUCACCAAGAUGCACUUCAACCCGGCCCAGGAUUCCAACGGUCGCGACCCCUUGCCCUCCAACUUGACCCAGGUCGGCAGUGGCUUUACACGGCAGGACCCCAUCACCACACCUACGGUCAACAACGUUCAGCAUGUUUGUGUUGACACCCGUUACCACGGUAUCGGUCCAACCAUCAGCGGCGUUCUGCCCAGGCAUAGGCCACUCCUUCACAAGCUUCGAUCCAAGGACCCAGUAUCUGCCGAACAUGCUGCCCAUGGGCCUGGCUUUAUGUCAACUGAGUCCAAAGUCCGUUACCAAGGCAGACCAAGCGAGCGUCUUGAUGUGUCAACCAAGACCGUUGGUAGGAAGGAGGGGUCAGGCUACACACACGCCUACAAUGUUGAACCAAUCCAAUUCCAUCCUGGCUCUUCAUUCUCCAAUGAGCUUCCAGGUUUCUACACUGACCGACCAACUGGUGUGAGUGUUAUGAAGACGGCAUUUUUGCCCUCACAGUAUUCAAAGGGAGAUGAAAAGCUGCCAGUUGUUGCCAACCGAUCGGACCGAGAGACCGGCUUCACUCAUGAGAAGGCCAAACCACUCUAUGUCAAUAGGGUCAUGAGAGAUGCUUACACCACCAAUGAGCAAGUACCAGGCGCUGUCGAGAACCGGACAAAGAAAGCCGACCCUGCAGAGUAUCUGAACAUGACCAACCCCGACAAUCACUCCUCCAUUACCUCCAAGAGCUUCCUGGGAAAACAAAGACCAGACCCAAGUGAGCAUGAACGACUCGGAAGAUACUAUGUAGGAAACAAGGAACUAUCUGGCUAUAGCGACAACAAUGACAAGCCACAAGUCCAGAUUCCUAUUGAGCCAAUGAGGUGGAUUACCCACUACGACACAAAAUUCUACAACAUGAACCCUAAGGGUAAAGCCCGAGCCGGCCGUACGUUUGGCAACGUCAUGGAUCAGCUCCCUGAUGGGUUCACUAAGAGCACGGCCGUGCAUUCCUUUGGUCCGGAGUUGGACUCUACAGCUCAGCUCAGGCAGCUCCAUCCAUACGUAGCAAGGAGCAUCAAGGCACGAGACACUUACUACGAUGACCACACCCAUGACACCAAGAGACACAUCAGCUUCAAUACCAAUAUCCCUCAAGUCCUAGCCAGCGUCUAAGCCAGUCAGUCCUGCCUCAGUAGACCGAUCCAUUUAGCUCCACCCACUGCCCAUGUGUUGGACAUUAAUCUAGGCUGUGAUUGGUCAAAGUGUCAUGGGGGCGGGGCUUAAUGGAUCGGUCCAUUCACUCCCUGAUGGGUACAGAUUUUAAGUUUCCUGCUUUAACCAAUUACCACCUGUACUACAUUGUACUACAUUGUACUACAUUGUAUUAAUUCCCUAAUGAAUGCAUAAAACCAUAGAGUGCUGGGGCAGUUUGGGCAGUACAAGUGACUUAUGGGUUAGAGAGAUUAUUUGUAAAUUUUGUGAUGUUUAUGGUUAAGGUAUACAUGUAUUUGCAAGACAGGUUCAACCUCACUUGUAUAAUGCUCAUUUUCACACUGCUGGUCCAAAUUGCAUCAAUUUCAUUUCUUAACCCUAACUCCCUAGCAUCUUUUACUAGGAACUGGACCAAUUCAACCAAAAUACAUCAAUCACCGUGCGUCUAAUACAAAACUGUACAUGA